AUGGGCUUGCCUGGACGCCACGGGAAGAUCCUAGAUCUGUCCCGCUUUGACGCUCAGUUCUUCCACACGAACCCAAAGCAGGCACACGUGAUGGACCCACAGCUACGAAUGCUGUUGGAGACGUCGUACGAGGCCAUCUUCGAUGCCGGAUACGACCCCGACACACUGCGCAAGCGCAGCAUAGGUGUAUUCAUUGCAAAUUCGAACUCCGAGUCAUACUACGCUUUUCGCAAGGACGACAAGGUGGAUAGCAACUACCUGCUGGGAUGCGCCAGGUCAAUGUUUUCCAACAGAAUCUCCUACUCUCUCGACCUGCAAGCAGAACACUGUCGCCUCCGCUUUCCAGCGGUCGCAGAGAUCUCGGAUCGCAUCUGUGGAGCGGUCGAGUAUGACGGUCGACACUGCGUGCUCUUCCACACUGUGGCAUUGAACGAGGCCAUGCUCGCGCUUCGCUCUGGGCGAUGCGAGGCUGCCAUCGUGGGCGCUGGGAACCUCAACCUCGAUCCAUGCGUCGCGCUGAAUUUCAAGCAGAUGGGCGUGCUGUCAGAGGACGGAAAGUGCAAGUCUUUCGACUCAAGUGGCGACGGCUACGUUCGAAGUGAAAUUAUUGGCUGCAUGUUCCUACAAAAAAUUUCCGAUGCCCGUCGAGUAUACACCAAGGUUAUCAACGUAAAUGUUAAUACCGAUGGUUACAAGCUCGAAG